CCCUUCAUGGACCGAACCCCGCGGAGCUCCGCUGCUCUCUAACAACCCGAACUGGACCCGAACCCGAACCGAACCCGGAUCAGUUCCUUCUGCGCCUGCGCCAUGCCGUCCGGCUCCAGAGGCAGAACCGGAUUCUCAGUGCGGGAUCUUCUGGACCUUCCGAACCCCGCAGGAGGAUCCGGGUCCGGAACCGAGGAGGAGAGCUCCAGGGAGGAACCGGAACCGGACCCAGAACCGAAGUGUUGGAGCAGGUGGAGCCGAGCAGCAGAGUCCGGAACCGACCGACCCGGUGAGCAUCCCGGCGCUGCGGCCCGGCUCGGUUCGGAACAGAAGAACCGGAAGAGGCGGGUUCUGUUCUCCAAGGCUCAGACCUCGGAGUUGGAGCGCCGCUUCCGACAGCAGCGGUACCUGUCGGUUCCGGAGCGGGAGCAUCUGGCGGGCCGGAUCCAGCUCACCCCUAACCAGGUCAAGAUCUGGUUCCAGAACCACCGAUACAAGAUGAAGCGCGCGCACGCGGAGCGCGGCCACGAGGCGCUGCCGCUGCUUCCGGCGCGCCGCAUCGCGAUCCCGCUGCUGGUUCGGGACGGGAAGCCGUCCGAACCGCUGGAGGUUCGGUCUGGGUUCGCCCUGCCGCUGUGCGCCUUCUCCCCGCUGCUGCGCGCCGCCUGCGGGCCGAACCGGACCGGACCGACGCCGCUCCUCUACCCCUGGAGCUGGAUAUGAACCGAACCCAACCGAACUUUCCGCUCUGACUGUUUGGGUCCGCUCCGGGACCCGGUUCGGUUUGUUCUCUUUCUGUGUUCAGUUUAUUUAU